ACUGGCCUCCAUCUGUAGACAGCAGCAACAAGAGCCCCUGGUCGCCACUACGCACUCUGCACCAGCUCGCUGAAUUGCCACCACCGAGGCAGAUACUUCAGGUGCAAGGUCGAACAAAGAAGAACAAACAGUACUGAACGCUGACCUCAAGUGCCUUUAAGCGGCUUUGCAAGAUGAAGAUCUACGGCAUCGUCAUCUAUGCCAACCCGCCAGGCGCCGGCGCAGUGCCCCUGAUCGCAGCAUGGGAUCUGGCCAGCUUCGGCUUCCUCCAGCGAGGCACUGUGCAGGAUGUCAUGGCCUUUAUGAGCAAAACGGUCGCCGAGCGGACACCUCCCACACAGCGACAGUCGGUCCAGGAGAAUUCAUACGUUGCCCACGUCCACUCGCGCCCAGCCUCGGACGGCAUCUGCGGCGUUCUCAUCUCCGACACAGAGUACCCCGUUCGGGUGGCCUUUUCGCUCCUCAACAAGACGCUCGAUGAAUUCAUCAUCAAGUGUCCCAGGGCCACGUACGAAUCAAAGGUUAAUGGUAUCACCACCGGUAGCGUCCACCCUCCGGCCAAGGGCGUCGGCAUCCUGCAGCCAAACGACUUUCCCCAGGCAAACGACUACCUGAUCCGGUACCAGGACCCGAGGCAAGCCGACACGAUCAUGAAGGUGCAGCAGGAGCUUGACGAGACCAAGAUUGUCCUGCACAAGACCAUCGAUUCAGUCCUGCAGCGAGGCGAAGACCUUGACAAGCUCGUCGAGAAGAGCGGCUCGCUGAGCCAGCAGAGCAAGAUGUUCUACAAAACGGCAAAGAAGCAGAACUCGUGCUGCGUCGUCAUGUAGAGUCGAUACCCUCCUAGACCUGCCUUGUCUUUCUCUAUUCUCCCUCUAUUUGUGCACAAUGAUUAUCAUGAUGGACCUAAACGCU